UAGGGGCUUUUUCGGCAUUUGACUAUAGGUCUGUGUCUCAGUUUCCCGUUGGACAGGGCAGUCUGAUGGCGUCUCCCUCACGCCGCAAAAAGGGCAGACAGCCCGGAGGAGAAGGAGGCCCCAUGUUGAAAGCAAAGGCCGAAAGGAGGAUUCAGACCAUCCGUUGUUCCUCGACCGAUCACAAGCGCGGCUUGCGAGGUGCCCUGGUUUGUGCCCCUAAGCCCUUCUUUGUGAUCUCUACUCUUUGGGGCUGCAGUUUCCUUGGCCAAAGCCAUCAUUGCAUAGGACGCGGCGCAUCAAUCCCUGAUCAGGAAAUUUCGUCCGAAGCUGAGCAGCCCUGA